CAGCAUUCAGCCCUCCUUGAUAGGCUAUAUAUCGAAGGGCAUCGCCCUCUGCGGAAAACAGCAGGUUCAAGACGCGAUGAAAGCAUUUGACCUGGCCUUCACGUUCACGAACGCAGAUUUGAAGACGACUCAUUUCCUUUUCUUGGUCAAGGCCAUCGCGUUAUUCAAUGGAAAUGCUCAUGAAGAGGCAGUGGUGCCCGUCCAAGAGCUAGCUGCUCGUCAUAAUGCUGACCCUCUCUACUCAUGUUGUGGAAUCCUAUUUGCGGGUCCAGCUGGGAGCCAUUGCUAUGGAUGCCGCCCUCCACAAAGAAGCUGCUGACCAUUUCACUGCAGCUGUCAAAGCUGGCGCUUUCUUUUCUAAAUCGGACAUCCAUUCUAUGUACAAGGACUUUGUCGUGCUUUUCGGCUGGGACCUCAAGUCCUUGUGGCAAAAUGCAAACCAGAAAUGCUGCCAUGCACUUGUUCGUACAGGUAAAGUUGGAAGAGCUCUCGAAUCGUACCGAUACAUGAUGGAUAUGAGUGAUGAACCCACGAAGGCCAUUUUCCUUGCUUGGGUCCCUGGCAAGUCUCUAGCAAUGUCUCCCGUGCUACGAUCCUCACUUGUAUUUCCCUUAGCUCUCGACGACGAAUGAGGCACACUCUACGUUGCCGAUGGAGAUGCUGCCCUCGCAGCGAGUUUCACGUCUGAACACUUUCAGUCGAGAACCACUCCUUUCCUCCACAUAAUAUGUUCCUUCCCUCAGCUCCAUUAAAAUCAGACAGUUUCCUCCCAGACUUGCAAUGCACAUACCACUGUUGGACUUUGA